GCGGGGUUGAGAGACAACAAACGGGACGAGGAGGCCUUCGGCGUUUCGGUUUUGCCUUCGUCAGUCGCGCGCGAAAGCUCCAACAUAAGCUGAUCGCGGACCGAUGAUCUACGUCUGACGGUCCGGCCUGAGAUAGACUGAGUUAAGGACCCGGUGAGAGCGAACAAGUAUCACAAUGGUAUCGAUCUCGACCGGAGGAGGAAAGAAUCUGUUCAGCAUGAGAACGUACACAGCUCUGACGAUGAGCGCGAUUAUGCUGACAAUUAGUCUCACCAGUGCGGAAAAGAUCGACACGCCUAUCCCGUGCGGAAACACGUCAGAUUGUAGGAGCAUGCUGACACUUCCGAGAGAUGCUUUUUGCAAGGACGGAUAUUGCAUGUGCCCGAAUGUAGAUAACGGAGUUAAAUUCUGCUCAAGCAUUCAAGCGUUUAUGCACGAAAAUAAAAUCCCAGGCCCGCUAUUCUAUCGAACAUGCAAACACAAUCAAGACUGUAAAUACGAGGGCGGAUUUUGUAACAGUACUAUUAGUCAGUGCGAUUGCGUGAAGGAUUACGUGCCGGCGAAGAAUAAGCAACAUUGUGUCCAAAAGGUCCGUUCGAUCGAUGCUUCUUGCACAGAUGAAAAUCAGUGUUUAGCGUUUCUGGCGAACACCACUUGUGAGGCUAAUAAAUGCGUUUGCGUAUCCGGUUAUUAUUACAUAGACAAUGCAUGUUGGAGAAUGGCCGGAUACAGGCGACCUUGCACGAAAAAUCAGGAAUGCUCGCAUAUUGAGGGUGUGAUCUGUACAAAAGAUAUGAAGUGCGAAUGCGCGUCCGAAUCGGUCCUGAAUAUGGACGGCAAGAGAUGUCUGAUGGCUGCGAUAAAGAUUCAGGACGAAUGCACGGAAUCGGUACAGUGCUCGGCGACGUUCGAAAACUCAUUGUGCCUCGACAAAAAGUGCCAGUGCGAAUCGGAUUAUCAUUACGAGCACGAUUUGGCGAGGUGUUUUCCCAACAGAGCUCUCGACGAUGGUUGCGCGAAUAAUUACGAGUGCUAUCAAGCCGAGGAUUACGAGGAGAAUGAUUCGCCGAUCAAGUCUGUGAUGUGCGAGGCUAACAAAUGCACGUGCGUCAAGAAUCUUGUCAGGCAAGAGGAUAAAUGCGUGAGUGCCGGUUCAUCGUUCGGUACGUCAAUAAUCGUUUCUGUGAUAACGCUACUUUGCAGCACUUUAGUCUUGUAAGAUACAAUCUUCCCGCGAAGUAAACACGCGAUAUCGUUGCAAGUCAGCAGAGGUAAACUUUUGAUAAUUCCAAUAUUAUGUAUAUAUUUGUAAGAAAAAUUUAAGAAGGGAACACACAUUGGUGAAACGCAAACAGAGGCGCUGUUGUGUCUAAGGCAAAUAUUUGUAUUAUUACGAAAACUGAGGAGGGUCGCAAAUUUCUCACAAAUAAUAGAAAUGUUGCUUUAACGUGCGCGAAACUUGGACAAACAGUGCCUAACAAAUCAAGAUGCAUGCGAUUGCAUGAAUUUCCUAUGUAAAUUGUAAUUCACACGCGCGUGUAUGCGUGUUCGUAAGAUUGUCGCGAUGACAGUUCAAGAAUGAGAAAGAAAGUUAAAGAAAAAAAUAGAGACCUAUAUAUGGCGAAGUCACUCUUUUGAUAAGAGAUUGAGAAUCCUGUUACAUACUGGAUAUGGAUGAUUCUAAUUGUAACGAGUUGUGAUAUUUUUUAGAAUAUAGUAAUAUAUUUAUAUUUAUAAAUCGCGCGAUGUAUAUCUUUAAGCGUAAUGUAAAAAUCAGAGCCGUUUCCAUGGUUAGUUUUAUUUUCAUUAUUAAACGCAAAGGUUUCAUUUUCCGAAAUAAUUGCGGAAAAAAGGGUGUAAGAGAAAAUAGCGUGAAAACGGAAUUGCAAUAUUAAACGCCGUUGUGUGUAAUUGCGCAGCAAAACUCAAAGCGAAGGCGACAGCUUGAGCUAAGCCGUACCGGCGUGUCUACUCUCGCGUGCAUUUAAUUAACGCGGUUAUUAAAAUGCAGAUGCUGACACAGUACAGCUUUACAACGCCUCUCGUUGCCUCUUAAACUAGAUGAAAAUUCACGAGCGCGUGUAAGACAGCUCCCAACUGCAUGAAAUCUUAAUUUUCUUCCGCUCUUUUGAACUCGAGCCAUAGAUAUACGAUAUUUUAAUAAUUUUUUAUUAAAUUAUUUUUUUGCGCUUGUUGAAAAUUACCAGAAUAAUAAUAUGUAAAAAAAUAAAAUCAACACUGAUAAAUUUCUCUUUUAAUAAUGUAUAAAUAUGUAUCUCUUUGGCUCGGUUGUAAAAAAUCCAAUGUUAUAUUUUUGUACAGAAUAAUUAUAUAUCGCACGUUGUAUAAAUUUUGUUUAUAAUACAUACAAGUAAUAUAAAUUGUAUGUCAGAAAGAUUUGCUAGUGGCUUUUUUAGAAUCAAACGAUAAAUGUGUGAGUUUUAAAGUUUUCGUUUGCGUUUAUCUAAUAGAUAUCGAGAUACUCUGGUGCUAUUUGAAUGAGAAUAUAUUUAAUAAAAUUCACUGUAAAAUUUCUCUCUUA